AUGUUAACUCAAAGCCCAGAUUUUGGUUGUUGGAAAUGGCCGAAGACAGCAAACAACAUUAGUCGCUGUUCGUCUUCUCUCUUCUCCGUGCGUUGUUCCUCAUCCUUUUCUGUACCCCAACGACCCAUCAGUAGAUAUGCAGUUCUUGGCGCUGGGUUUGCUGGGUUGUCCGUUGCUUGGAAUUUGCUUCAACACGGCCCUAAGGAGUCACAUAUUCAUGUUGAUAUUUAUGAUGAAGUUGGCAUUGGUGGAGGUGCAUCUGGAGUUGCUGGUGGUCUUCUGCAUCCGUACUCCCCAAAAGUGAAGCUUCUUUGGCGGGGUGAAGACUUGUGGAAAGAGAGCUUAUAUCUCUUAGAUAUUGCUGAAAGAGCGUUGAUAAAUGAGGGUAAAGGUGCAACUCCGGAGAAUAGCGUAUCACCUAUAAUCAGAAGAAGAGGGAUCUUAAGACCAGCUGUGAAUAUGAAGCACAUUGGCGUAAUGACAGAAAAUGCUCAGAACUGUCUUGCCAAUUGCAGAAUUGAGCUUGUGCAUGGAGAUGCCGCUCAAAAGCUCGUUCCCAAUUUAUCGGUUCCUUCAAACACGGCAUUUUAUAUGCCUGAAGCUCUGAAUAUAAAUGCCCAAAACUACCUUCAGGGUCUAUACCUAGCAUGUGAAAAUCUAGCAAAUGACAUGUCUACCUCGGGUCAUGGACAUCGAAAAUUGAAUUUUCGCCAGGAAUCGGUUAAGAGCCUUAGCGAACUAGCAGGGGACUUUGAUGCAGUGAUUGUAUGCUUUGGAGCACGGACUGCUUUCUUGCCAGAACUAUGUGGAAAGCUGCCUUUGAGGACGUGUAGAGGCAUAAUUGCUCAACUUCAACUUGGUGAUGAUAUUAGAGAAGAAAUCCUGAAAGAAAGCCCUUCGAUUUUAUCCGAUGCAUGGCUUGCAGUGCACGGAGGUCGCCACAUGGAUCUUGGGUCCACAUGGGAUUGGAACUCGAUAAAUCACUCGAGGGAUGUUGCCAAGGAUGAAGCAAACGAGGCAGCUGAGGCCCUCGUCCAGAAGGCUUGCUUGGUGUACCCGCCUGUGAAAAAUUGGAGCGUGAAUGGAGCCGUUGGGGGUUUGAGGGCAAUGCCGCCGCUGACUGAGCAUGGAUCACUUCCGAUCCUCGGCAGUUUGGAUGAGCUGGUUGAUGCGGGGCCCACUUGCAAGUAUUGGCUGUUUACAGGGCUUGGCGCAAGGGGUCUUUUGUUCCAUGGUUGGUUCGGGAGAGUGCUUGCGCAGGCAGUACUCGCCUGUGACGAGGGUUUGCUCCCUCAUCAGUUGACUUUGUGGAAGCGUAGUUAUUGA